UUUUCCUAUGUAUUUGCUCUUUGUAUAUGGUGAAUUGUCCCAUGGGGAAGUCAGGCUAUGUGAAUUGCAUGUUACUUUUGUGGGAUCAGCAUAAGACGUUUUAUUUGUAUUACAACAGGAAGGGGAUAAUUUUUCUUGUCUGGGAUUCAAACUUGUUUCGAAUACAGAAAUGGAGGUUAAUAUCGGCGAUGUUUAUGCUGUUAACUUCAUUGGUUGGGGUUUGGUUCAUGAAUCUGCUCUUGCCAGCUUGGAAGUAUCCCUUUUAGAUCAUUCUUCUGAGGUGAAACAUAUGUACAGGUUUACUAUCUAUGUUGUUCACAAAUCAAAGACCCAAUCAUCUGUUUGGAUGCCAUUAGUUUACACUUUUGGUCAUAAAGAUUUGGAGAUUUGUAUGUCUUGGGUAAACCAGAUUAAUUCUCAUCUGCACAUGGAAGUUAAGCGACCUAAGAAUCUUCUGGCUUAACUCCUUAAGUGAUUCGGUUUUGGUUCAUCCGAGGAGUGGGAAAGGACAUGGAUGCAAAAUAUGGGAAACAGUGGCUCCCUUAUUUUCUCAAGCCAAAGUUAAAACUAAGGUAAUAGUGACAGAGAGGGCCGGACAUGCAAGAGGUAUGCUAUCCUCAAUUACAAAUAGGGAGCUGAAUUUGUACGAUGGUGUUGUAGCUGUUGGCGGUGAUGGAUUUUUCAACGAAAUUCUUAACGGUGUUCUCUUGUCAAGGCAUAAAGCUCCAUAUCCACCAACUCCUUCAGAUAUAACGCCCCCUGCUGAGAGUGAAUGCAAUGUUACAAAUCAUAAUGUUAACAGAACGCGCUCAGAGCACUGUGAUCAUAAUGAAGAUGGAUCUCCUCUUCUGAGGGGUUCUGAGAACAUUGGGCUUGAAUCCCCUAAUUUUGGAAAAGAUUCAGAGUCUCUGUUUCCAAAUGAAAUGUUCAGAUUUGGGCUUAUCCCUGCUGGAUCUAUUGAUGCCAUUGUUAUUUGGUAUAUUCAGUUUUAUAUUCUGUCACAUGAUUCCUUUUCUCUGAGGCACAUGGAAGUUGGUUUUAUUGUCUCUCAAAUAGUGGAUAUGGCGGCGCCAUGGCGCUAUGGCAUGGCGUUCUGUGGUGGAAAUGCUAUAGGAACAUGGCGCUGCCAUAGCACCGCCAUUUGACAACAUUGUGUGUGUACCUAAGGUAGAC